AUGGGCUGUGCGCUGAAGACUCUGGACAAAGACCUGGAGACCUUCCCUCCUCCACAGAGUGAUAGGGACAUGUUCGUAGAGAAAAUGACUAGCUUUGUGGCCAGUGCCAGUGCCAGAGAGCAACAUGAGAAGUUGGACAUGAUGCAUAAGAACAUGGAGAAGCAGUACUCUGACCUGGGGGAAUACUUUGUGUUCCCUCGCAAGAUUUCUGUCGAAGAGUUCUUCAUUGACCUCAACAACUUCAAGAACAUGUUCCAGCAAGCAGUGAAGGAGAAUGCGAAGAGGAGGGAGUCAGAGGAGAAGAUGAAGAGAGCCAAGCUGGCCAAGGAGAAGGCUGACAGGGAGAAGGAGGAGAAACAGAAGAGAAGCCAACAACUGGACCUCAAGGCAGAGGGUGAUGAGACUGGUAUCAUGGAUGGCCUGAUGGAGGCGCUGCAGUCUGGUGCUGCCUUCAGGAGGAAGAGAGGACCACGACAAGCUGCCAACCAUAGAGCUGGUCAUGCAGUGACGAACAUCUUGGCCAAAGAGUUGAUGCCGUAG